UCUACUUCACGACAAAAUUCCAGUCACGAGGAGAGAGAGAGACUGGAGAAGAAAACGCAAGCCACUCCAAGCCAACACUUCUUUUUCUGUCUUUUUUUUUUUAAAUAAAUAAAUAAUUGAUAAAUUACCUUGCCCUUCGAAGACGCGAAAGUGAUGUUUGAGACUCCAAAACGAUGUCGUGUCAAUCUCCAACGGGCCAAUACUCCCUUCUCCAUUUCUGUCAUUUCCUUGUGCUAACCCCCAAAACUUGCCUUUCGCGACUCCCGAGAACAACCUACCAUUGUCUUUCAGCUUCGAUUCUAAACACACAGAAACAGAAUCCAGCUCCUCCCCUUCUUCCACUGUCCUCUUUGGUCAUUUCGCCGUCGCAUAUCCCUCUCUUUUUUCGCUCGCUUUCGCAUUUUACCUCCAACGCCGUCGCUAACCCCUUUGACCUCGAUCUCUAGAUUUUUUCCUCGAAUUUCCCGCGUCGUUUGGACUAUAAUGCUUGAAAGGACAAGGAAUCUGAAGCUGUUGAGUUCGAACUCGGUGUCGGGAUCUUUGGUAGUGGUUUAACUCUGAAUAUGGAGCUGAACGAUUCUGAUGGGAAGUCCGGGGAGAGCCGUUCCUUGCCGUUUGAUAUCGAUCUUAACGAGACACCUCUUUCUUCUCCUCGUGAUAUAGUCGUCGCUGUCACCGGAGAUGACGUUGUUCCAACGCCGGCGAAGGGCGAGGAUGUUAGAGAUGCUAAAAGUAAACUCGUCUUUUUGGACAUCAAUGCGUUGCCAAGCGAGGCUGAGGGAGAAGGAAACGGUGAAUUGGUGAAUUCUGGAAUGCACUCUGUGCCUGAUGCUUCUUCUAUUGGCAACUCAAAUAAUGCCCCAGUGACAUGUUCUAACUUGUUAUUUGUGGGGAAUCAAUGUGAUAAUGUGAAGAUACCUGGCAAUGUGACAACUGUUAUCAAAUCAGGUCCUGUAGAUAUUGUACAGCAGAGAAUGAACUUUGUUAGAACUAUGAGGGAAAUAGAUCCACACUCUGUCUUUAUAGGAAGACAACAUUGGACAAGUGAUUAUUCUGCAAAUACAGUAUUAUUCCAGAAUCAGAGUGAAAAGUUUUUGCAGAAUUUAAGAGAAUUCAUUUUUGAUAACCAUGGCAUACUGGAAGAUGGUUGGCGUGUUGAAUUUUUUUAUUGUCAAAACAGAUGCAAAACCUUUGCAGUUUAUUGUUCGCCAGAUGGAAAUAAGUUUGAGUCAAUGUUUGAUGUUGCCUGUCAUCUUGGCUUGGUGUCAAAUUGCCAUUCUUCGGUGCCUCAGGACAGAAAUGAUGGAUUUUCUUUAGCACGGAACAGGUUACAUUUGCACAGAAGAAGAAAGGAAUCGUUGAUAUUUUCAAGAAGCAAGGACUUGAAAGAAUAUCAAGAAAAUUUGAAAAGCAGUUUUGCUAGCAAGUUUUCAUCAGGCAUAGAGUUCAUGGAUGCUGAGGCGUGCAAGUUAAGGAGUAAUAUAAGAGCUGCACAUGCCAACUCAGAGCCAGCUGGUGUUUAUGGCUCUUCUCAUUACAAGGAUGGGUUUCCAGUCCAGUUUGAAGACUUUUCUAUUCUUUCUGUGGGGGAGGUUGAUCCGAGACCUUCCUAUCACUGCAGUAGCCAGAUCUGGCCUGUAGGUUAUAGAUCCAGUUGGCAUGACAGGAUUACUGGAUCUCUUUUUGUAUGUGAUAUUUCAGAUGGUGGUGAUUGUGGUCCAGUUUUCAAGGUUCAAAGAUAUCCAUGUUGCAGUCAGCCCAUCCCUAUUGGGUCAACAGUCCUGUCUAGGACAGGCCUGGGCAGCAAUAAUAAUAAAACUGAUAAUGCUUUUGACAUUGAUGAUCAUGAGGAUAUAAGUGUUCAGAUGAUAUUCUCAGACCAUAGUCCUCCGCAUCUGGAUUUUAAUAUUUUAACAGGUGUUGCAACUUCAUUAGAUGAAGUCUCUAAUUUGCAAGGAAAAGAUGGUUUGCAAUCAAAUUCAUAUCAUGUCCCGCAAGGUAUUGGGAAACCUGCAAUCAGUAAUAGAAGACCAGGUGAUGAUAUUGGUGAAUUCCUAGUGCAAGGGAGAUCAUCUUCUUCAGUAUGGAGAAUGGUGUCUGAGAAGCUGGUGCAGUCUUGUUGUGAAGUGUACAAACAGACCGGUGUAUGUAAAUUUUUUUGCAGGCAUGUGUAUGAAUGGUGGUCAUCUGGCAUAAUCCAUAAGACGGUGGAAGCUAUUGAAUCAACUGAUGCUUUAGCCAAGUUUGGUCACAUGUCUUACCCUUUAUGCAUUCCACUUCAUGUUGAAAGCAAUGAUGAGCUUACUACUAGUUGUGAAGCUCUAUUGAAGUGGAUAGGCCAGGACAGAUUUGGACUGGAUGUUGAUUUUGUACAAGAAAUAAUAGAGCUGCUUCCUGGGGUUCAUUCCUGUUCAGAGUAUACAUUCCUGAAUAAGAGAAGUGAAAAAUCAAAAUUACAAACUGUUGGAAAUGGAUUUCUUCUGGCUAAGAGGAAAGAUGAUGUCCAAAGUGAGAAAGAAACGUAUAAUAUUUUGAAGGGAUGUAAAAACCACAAGAAGCAAUUACUGAAGGAAUUCUGUCCCCCUGGCAAGCCAUUGAGCUCAAAGCUUCCUACAGUUUUAGUUGGUGAUGUUCUUCAGUCAUGGGAGUUACUAUGGCGCUUCUCAGAAGUUUUGGGACUGGGUAAACCUUUAUUAUUUUCGGAACUUGAAGAGGAACUUGUAGACUGUUAUUCCUCUACUCAUAGGAGUAUUUCUACUUCAACAGUUACUGCAAAAGGGCAACAUGCAUUAAUCACAGCAGAAACAGAAACUUCAGGAGAAGGUGCCAAUAGGAGACAAGCAUCUGAUACCCUUAGCAGUUGCAUUGGCAAAGCUUUGUCUAAGGCUCAUAGCGCACUGCUGAAAGUACUAUUAGCCGAGCUAGAGUCCAAGCUGGCUUUUAUUGUAGAUCCUACUAUUGAAAGUGGAGAGUCUAAGUUGAGAAAGAGAAGGAAGAAAGAAACAGAUAACUUUAGUUUUGCUAGGAAAUCAAUGCUUGAUUUACUCCCAAUCAAUGAACUUACAUGGCCUGAACUGGCUCGAAGAUAUUUAUUAACAGUCUUAUCCGUGGAGGGUAAUCUUGAUUAUCUGGAGGUUGUAAGCCGUGAAAGUUGCAAAGUGUUUCAUUGUUUACAAGGUGAUAGCGGGGCUCUUCAUGGUUCUCUUCCAGGAGUGGCUGUAAUUGAAGCAGAUGCACUGCUGCUUGCAGAGGCUACAAAGCAUAUCUUUGGCACAUCAAAGAAUAUCAGUGACAAUUUAAAUGUGGAAUCCAUCGACUCUGUUGCACCCAGUUCUAGCAAAGAAGUUAAAGUUAACAAUGGUGAAGUUCCUGAGUGGGCAAGAGUUCUAGAACCUGUAAGAAAGCUACCCACAAAUGUGGGAGCAAGGAUUCGAAGGUGUAUUUAUGAUGCUUUGGCUCUAAAUCCACCAGAAUGGGCAACAAAGAUUUUGGAACAUUCAAUCAGUAAGGAAGUCUACAAGGGAAAUGCUUCAGGACCUACCAAGAAAGCUGUUCUAUCAGUGUUGGCAAAUGUGUGUGGCGAAGAUCUGCAGCAGAAACCUAAUAGGAAGAGAAAAAACAAGUAUAUUUGUACUUUUUCUGAAGUGAUAACGAAACAAUGUCGAAAAGUGCUUCGCUGUGCUGUUGCUGCUGAUGAAGAAAAAGUUUUCUGUAAUUUGCUUGGAAGAACCCUUCUUAACACUUCUGAUAAUGAUGAUGAGGGACUGCUUGGAUUCCCUACAAUGGUACCUCGUCCCUUGGACUUCAGAACCAUUGAUCUGAGAUUGGCUUUUGGGGCCUAUGGAGGAUCACAUGAAGCUUUCCUAGAGGAUGUUCGGGAGGUUUGGCAUCAUAUACGUACAGCAUAUGCUGAUCAGUCUGAUUUGAUCCAUUUGGCUGAAACACUCUCUCAAAAUUUUGAGGCACUUUAUGAAAAAGAGGUCCUCACACUAGUCCAGAAACUUACAGGCUAUGCUGCUGUGGAAUGCUUAAGUUCUGAAGCGAAGAAAGAAUUGGAGGGUCUUCUUGAGCAUGCAAGUGAGAUUCCCAAAGCUCCUUGGGAUGAAGGUGUCUGUAAAGUUUGUGGUGUAGAUAAAGACGAUGACAAUGUUUUAUUGUGUGAUAAAUGUGAUUCUGGGUAUCACACAUAUUGCUUAAAUCCUCCUCUUGCAAGAAUACCUGAAGGAAAUUGGUAUUGUCCUUCAUGUGUCCCUGGACAUCGCAUCACUCAGGGUGCUUCACAGGUUCCUCAGUUCAUUUGCCAAUACCCGAAAAAAAGAUGUCAAGGAGAGCUCACUCGUGGUAUUCUAGAGGCCCUUGCACAUUUAGGUAAAACUAUGGAAGUGAAGGAUUAUUGGGAGUACAGCGUGGAGGAGAGAAUUUUUCUUCUCAAGUUUUUGAGUGCUGAGGUGCUGAACUCUACUAAUAUUCGGGAACACCUAGAUCAGUGUGCAUCAGCAUCUGCUGAUUUGCAGCAGAAACUGCAUUUGCUAUCAGCAGAAUGGAGGAACCUAAAGUCUAGAGAAGAAGUCCUUGUUGAAAAAGUUUCAAAAGCAAAUACAAGUGUGCUUGAUGGUGUUGGAAAAUCUGGAAUGGAACGGAUGGCUACUGUGCUCCCAAACUACGAUAAAUUGAUGGGGCAGUCUUUUAAUAGACACAGUUCAUGUUCAAACCCCUCCAUUGAUCUGCUAUAUUUGGAGGAUGGUCCACAGUUUCACAGGACAAAUGAUUUUACGAUGCAACCAUGCUGCUUUCACCCAAAAGGUAUUCCCGAGCAACACUCUGCCUGUUGUGGAAGUCAGUUUAUUAAGGUUCCUGAUUCUGAACAUCAAGCAAACCAACCUGAUCUGAAUGAGUUACAGGCCUGGAACCUUGAGGCAAUCUCUAUCAAGAAUAGGAUUUCUGUCUUGCAGGAUUCAAUUGCCUGUCUAGACUUGCAAUUACAGAAGGUAUCUCUCAGGAAGGAUUUUUUAGGGAGGGACUCUGCUGGACGACUGUACUGGGCCUUUUUCAGGCCAGCUUCAUCUUCAUGGGUGGUUGUUGAUGGGACUGUAGCAAUGCAGCAAAAGAGCAUUGUUGAAGAGCAUGGGGAACUGUUGUUUAACAAUCUAACUCCCAAGUCUCCUCCAGUUGGAACAGAUGAUGCAUUGACGUUCAAAGGAUCAAAUGUUAUUGGUCCAUAUUUUAGUGAUAUGACUAAUGGCACUCCAGUGUCUUUUCAAUGGCUUUCAUAUAAAUCUGAUGUUGAAAUUGAAGAACUUAUUCAAUGGUUGAGGCAUAGUGACCCAACGCAGAGAGAGUUGAUAGAUUCUCUUUUGCAGCGGUUGAAAUUUGGAUAUAAUAACUCCAAUAAAACGGGUGAUAAUGUUCAAGAGAUGCAUCAACCGACUCUAAUACCUGUGAAUGUUGAAAAAACUGUGAAAUCUAAUGCUCUUGAGACUAAAGCAUUAAUUGCACUGGAGAAGAAGUAUGGUCCUUGCUUGGAACCGGAUGUCGCCAACAUUUCAGUGAAGAAGAGUCAGACUGCAGAAGUAACUUAUGACAAAAGAAUGUGCCGAUGUGAAUGCCUAGAGCCUAUAUGGCCUUCUAGGCACCAUUGUCAAUAUUGCCACUGGUCAUUUUCCUCUAAAUAUGAACUCAAAGAGCAUAAUGAUGGAAAGUGCAGUUCUGUUGUGCGUGCCUCUCAGAAUGGCAAAAUUGAUGAUGUCUCAAAGGGGAAGGCAUUGAUGAAGAUGGAACAGGGAGAGUGCUCUGACAAAACGAGAAAAUGCAAGUCCAGUAGUGUGGGGCAUGAGAUUGAGUUUGGGAUGGUAAGAUAUCCAAAGGACUUUUUAUCACCUUACAAUCUUGAAGAGAUAAGUACCAAGUUUGUUACUAGGAGCUCUAUUAAGGAACUGGUGAAGGAAAUAGGACUUCUUGGUUCAAACGGCAUUCCAUCAUUUGUAGCAUGUGGAUCUCCUUAUCUCAGUGACCCCACAUUGAAGUUAGUACUUCCCUGGAAAAAUGAGGUUAGUCAGAGUGAUAGGUCCACAAGUGUGGAAAAUCAGUCACAGCUAGCCAUGAACGGCAACAUGUUGACCAGCAAGAAACAUCUUAAUUCCAUUAAAUCAAUUAAGAGUUGCACAACAGGUGAAAUUUAUAAGGAAUUACAAGAAAUUGGAAAAUCAAAUUUGAAGAAUGACAAGAGAGAUCAAUACUCUUUGCGAAGUAGCUGUUCAAAAUGGAGGAACACUUCAUCUAAAAUUCAUGAUUCUUCUUUAAGACCCCUUGUGGGGAAGGGGGCUCAAAUUCUUAGGCAGCUCAAGAUCAACUUGCUUGAUAUGGAUGCUGCCCUCCCCGAAGGAGCACUAAAGUCAUCAAAGGCUUAUUUGGAAAAACGAUGUGCCUGGCGAGCAUUUGUCAAAUCUACCAAAUCAAUAUUUGAGAUGGUUCAAGCAACAAUUGUAUUUGAAAACAUGAUCAAGUCUGACUACUUGAGAAAUGAAUGGUGGUAUUGGUCAUCACUUUAUACUGCAGCACAAAUAGCUACCAUCUCUUCUCUUGCCCUUAGAAUACACAGCUUGGAUGCUGCCAUUAUCUAUGAAAAACCUUUUCUCCCCUCUCCUAAAGAAAAAGCAGAAGUUGGUAGCAAAUCGGACAAUGAUUCUUCACCUCAUACAGAUCUGGCAAGCAAUUCAAAGCCAAGCAGCAAGCCAAUUCUAAGGACUUCUAAUUUGGAUUCAAUUGAAAAUGUCAAACCACAAAGCAGAUCAGGCAAGAAAAGAAAAGAUUCGGGAGGAUGAGUAUUAAAAGGUUGCAUUCCUUUGCAAGGAAUCUAAAUCUAUCAAACAAAGGCUGUUCAAAUUUUGAAGCCAAAUUCGUAAACCUGACUAAGACACUUGGUUUAUGGGCUUGUGGACUGCCGGUAUGGGUGUGCAAAAAUGAUGCCUUUGCACCGUGUUAUAUGUAUAUAUGAAGUUACGCUCACACAAUAACUUGGAUAUUGGAUCAGGGAGUAGAGGCCAUUAGUUAGGUGUACAGUUUCACUUACAGACUGGUUUCUCAGAACUUGAGAACUAGUCAUCUACUGGAGGAAAUCCACACUAAAAGUAAUUUAUAUGAGGGUAGUUUAUAUAUAUAUAAGGUCAAAUUUAUUUAUCGAAGUUGUCAGUUGUAUAAUAGAUUCCAUUCAUUUGUUACAUUUCGCAUCUUUUUGUGGCUUCAAUGAGUGGGAAAUCAUUUUUGUUUUCUAUAAUCAUCUCCCAUUCUUGUACAUUGCUCCUGUUUAUAGGAGCAGAGGAUGAUCUGCGGCACCCUGCCAUUUCUACUGCAAGAAAAGAGUUGAAGCCUCCUUUAAACCUGUGACGUGAUGCUCCUCAUAAAGGAUAUAACUGAGGUAGGCUUGUCAGAAUAGCCAUAGAUUGAUGCUAUCAAUAGGUUUAUUGGAAGAAUGUCAGCUUCUGUAAAUUAAGCAGUUGUGUGUUUCUUGUAUUUUUGAAGUUGCAUAUUGUUAUACCUUUACACCAGGUUUCCUUGUAGCGAGCCAUCUACACGUUGCAUUUUGUGUGGUGAAACAUCCCCACUUAAGCCAUGGCUGUGGCAAGCAAUGUAAUAUUGGUUGUGCUCUAAAUGUUAUAUGUAGUUUGUGAAUUCGACUCGAAUGUUUUAACCUCUAUAACACUUGGUGUGAGGCAACAAUUAAAGCCUCUUUUCUCUUGCA